ACUGAUGACGCUGGGAGAAUGUGCUAAGGAUUGGACUACCUGUGGAUUUAUUACCAGGCCUUGCGCACACUCGUGAACAAACAUGGCGUCCAGCCGAAUGCGACUUCUCAGAUUUUCUGAUCAUCUUGUCGUGCAAGCUCAGCCUACGGCCAAUGGAUUGCAGAUACAAGCAAGUCUAAUGCAAGCCUUGCAAUCGCAAGGAGUGAGUGAUGUUGAGAUCUGCCCACCUCCAGCUGGCAGCGAGGCGGCAUUUCACACACUUCUUACACCUCAGUCAGUCGCAUUUCUAGUGCAGCUUGUCAAUCACUUUGAUGAGCAGGUUGAUGAGCUACAGAGACAACGUCGCCUAAAUAAAGUACAAUUUGAACAGUGCCUACCAGACUUUCAGAUCAAAGAGAGUAGAAAUAAAUGGCAAGUGAAAGAUCUCCCUGCAAGACUCCAAGAUAGGCGUGUGGACCUUGGAGACAUUACACCUUCUAAUACACUCCUUUUCAAGAGAGCCCUGAAUACCUCUGCUUCUGGUAUACAGGCUGACCUUGAUGAUGGUAACUGUCCAACUUGGAAGAACCAGCUUCAAGCUCUCUACAAUGUGUACCAGUUUGUUCAUGGCCAAAUGUCAGGCGUCCCAAAGAUGAACUCAGCGCCCCUUGUUAUAUUGCGACCACGUGCGUGGAACAUGCUGGAACAGAAUAUUAUGGUUGGAGGAAAGCUUAUUCCUGGAGCACUCUGUGAUUUCGGCCUGCACAUGUUCCACAGUGGCCUUCAAAUGCUGGACAGCGGAGAUGGGCCCUUUUUCUAUUUACCAAAGAUUGAAGGCUACCGUGAGGUUCGUCUGUGGAACAGUAUUUUCAACUGGACACAGCAAAAGCUUGGACUUCCUCAAGGCUCUAUCCGCGCAUGUGUUCUUAUUGAAAGUAUUUUAGCGUCUUUUGAGCUAGAGGAUAUCUUGUUUGAAAUGCGAGAUCACUGCAUGGGCUUGAACUGCGGCAUGUGGGACUACUCCGCUUCCUUCGUCAGUAACUUUGGCCACCGUAAGGAUUUCAUUCUUCCUGAUCGCAAGAAGUAUGUUUCCAUGGAGAAGAAUUAUUUAAAAAGUUACAUGGAUCUCGUUAUCAAGACUUGUCAUGCACACGGCUGUCAUGCUACUGGUGGUAUGGUACCUGUUGUGUUACCACAUGAUGUCACACAACGACAGAAAAUCAUUGGCAAUGUGUGUAGAGCAAAGCAGAAAGAAAUUCAAGCUGGGGCCGAUGGAUUCCUUGUGUUUGACCCAGACCUGAUUCCACCGCUUUUGGAGAUGUGGAAAAGUAGCACGAGCUCUGUCAACCAGCUACACGUUACCAGGGGCAACGUGCAUGUGACUCCCAGAGAUCUCCUAACUCUCCCGCAGGGAGGGUUUACAUUGGAAGGCUUACAAAACAACAUUACUGUCGUUCUCCUGUUCAUAUCAGCUUGGCUAAGAGGAGAAGGCUCUCUUGUUCUGAAUGGUGCCGUAGAGGAUUCAGCUACUGCUGAAAUAUCCAGAUCUCAGAUCUGGCAGGCUAUAAGACACCAGUGCCGCUUGGAGAGUGACGGUCGUAAGGUCACGCGAUCGCUAUUGCGUGACCAAAUACAAGCGAUUCUUGGCAAUCUUAGCAGGUCACGCUCGCCAGACGAGUGCAGAAUGCUGAAGAUAUCGGCGGAGAUCCUUGAGGAGCUUGUACUGGCCAGGGACUUCCCGCCCUUCAUCACGACCUAUUUGUACGGCCAUAACCAGUUCGUGAACAGCAAGUGGAAUUCCUGAGAGUCUAAAGAGAGAGAGUGUAGAUGGAUGUUUUAGGGUGGCAAAGAGAGAUAGUGUAGAUGGAUGUUAUAGGGUGGUAAAGAGAGAUAGUGUAGAUGGAUGUUAUAGGGUGGUAAAGAGAGAUAGUGUAGAUGGAUAUUAUAGGGUGGUAAAGAGAGAUAGUGUAGAUGGAUGUUAUAGGGUGGUAAAGAGAGAUAGUGUAGAUGGAUGUUAUAGAGUGGUAAAGAGAGAUAGUGUAGAUGGAUGUUAUAGGGUGGUAAAGAGAGAUAGUGUAGAUGGAUGUUAUAGGAUGGUAAUGAGAGAUAGUGUAGGUGGAUUUUAUAGGGUGGUAAAGAAAAAUGCUUAGGUCCUCAGCGAGAGCAUACUCCCUUCUGAUGACGCUAAGCCUUGUGGGUAGAGCUGAGGGUUAAUAAUACUUCUUCCUCAUUUCUCUUUGUAGUACCAGUGGUCCUGGUUCCCUUCUGAUUUGCGCUUGUGGUAGAGCUGGGGUUAAUAAUACUUCUUCAUCCCAAAAGUCGUUUUUGUGGCCAUAGAAUGAAAGCACUUGAUACUCGAGUUUGUCAAUGUAUCGGGCGAAUGACAAAGGAAUCCGUCCCCCUCCUAGUGGCGGAAUUGUUGUGUUGCCUGUGGUCUACAGAAACCAUUGCCCCUGUAGAUUUGUAAGAAAAAUCGCUAUAUGAAUAACAAUCAUUGCCAUCCUGUGGGUCUUUUAAAAAGUUCAAUGUGAACACAACUAUUACGUGUCCCAUUGUGUCUCUGAGCCUAACAAUCGUAGACCGGGCACUGCCACAGUGAUUCACUAGAAUACGAUCGCUGCCUUAGUUGUAGUUGUUCCCCUGUCAAUAACACAAAGCAGGUGUUUGUUUACUAAAGUUUGCUGUGUUUGCUAAUACUAAUUAUGAAAUAAAUAUAAUUUUGAAAGACA